UUUGAUAUAAACGAAGCUCUCUUGUGCAGUCUGGUUGUUGAAUUGAACAUUUGAGUAAAAUAUAAGGGCUUUUUACAAUUGGUUCAGGGUGGGUUUUCCUUCCUCAUUAUUUAUCAAUUUUAUGUGGAAUUCUGGAGAGAGAUACAAUUUAAGUGAGUGAGACAACUUUCAGGUUAAUUUUAUAUUCCUCGUUUUCCAUCCCCGGGGACGGAGCAAUGGAAGACCCAGGGAGCGACCUGUCCCAGCUGGACAAACUGACCGAAGAGUCCAUACUUGAGGCGGUCAAGAAAAGAUACCGGGAGGAUAAAAUCUAUUCCAGUGUUGGGGAAGACAUUUUGCUAGCAGUCAACCCAUAUAAAGAACUCCCGAUUUAUGAUAAGGAGAAUCACGAAAAGUACCGGUCGGAAAACUUUAAAACAAAUUUACCUCCUCAUGUUUUCCGCGUGGCGGCACAAGCGUACCUCAGGAUGCGUCAGAUACAGUCUAACCAGAUUAUUCUGGUUUGUGGCGAAUCUGGUGCUGGUAAAACAGAGAGUGCAAAAUACAUGCUGCAGCAUUUCAUGCAGAUGUGUCCUGACGACGCUGGAGACCUUCACGAGAGGAUAAUCAGAGUAAACACUCUGUUAGAAAGUUUUGGGAAUGCAAAAACAGUGAUGAAUGACAACUCGAGCAGAUUUGCCAAAUUCCUUCAAUUAAGUUUUGGACAUGAUGGACAAGUGAUCGGAGCGUCAGUCAGAGAUUACAUGUUAGAAAAAUGUCGAGUAGUUGGAAGAAAUGAAGAUUGUGGCGAAGGAAACUUCCACAUAUUCUAUGGAAUGUUUGCGGGCCUAUCACAACAGGAAAAACAAGAUCUGUUUCUUUUAAAACCAGAAACUUACAGCAUUUUGAAAGGAAGCAUAAAAAGUCUAAAAAUGACUAACCAAUAUGAGAACCAGUACAAAGAUAACAUGGAAACUUUGAAAAAAAUCGGCAUGACGGAAGCUGAUAAAAAGGUGAUGCAUUGUAUGCUGGCCGCUAUUUUGCAUCUAAGUCAAAUAGAGUUUCAGGAGACGGACAAAGCAUCAGGGCAACUGGACAUUGCUAACACAGAGCUGGUUGAGCAAGCGGCCUCUUUGUUGGAGGUCAGCAGUGAGGCAAUGGGACACGCCCUGAUUUCAUCCACAACCAUUAUGGCGGGUGACGAAAUCAAAGUGUAUAAGAGUUUAGACCAAGCAACAGACGGGAGAGACGCACUAGCGAAGCACAUGUAUGAAAGAUUGUUUGGUUGGAUCGUGAAGAAAAUUAAUACAAACCUUCAUCCAAACCAUUCAAGCAAACGAACAGAAGCUGCAGAGAUUGGAAUUCUAGAUAUAGCCGGGUUUGAAAACCUACAAACCAACAGUUUUGAACAGAUGUGUAUUAACAUGGUCAAUGAGAGACUACAGUACUUCAUGAAUAAUGUGGUCCUUAUCCAGGAGAAAAGGAUUUACGAAUCAGAAGAAAUACCGUUUGAAAACGUUGAUUUUAAGGACAACAUGAACAUCAUACAGAUGUUUGAAAUCUCGAAAAUUGGCAUAUUGCCAAGUUUAGACGAAGAAUCCAAAUUUCAACAAGGAACGGAUUCUAAGUUUGUUGAAAGACUGAAGAAAAAUUUCCCAAAAGGACAUGUAUACAGUCCCCUUUUGACAUUUGCUCGAGGCGAUCGGAUAGGAUUUGGCGUUAAACAUUUUGCUGGAGCAGUCUGGUACAAUUGUACAAACAUACUGGAGAAGAAUCGAGACACUCUGAACAAAGAUAUUGAGGACGUGAUGAAGAGCAGUAAUGAUGACUGUAUUGCUGAUUUGUUUUCAGUGCGGAAGGGAGACACUGGAACGAUAUCAAGCACUCAAUACACCAUCCGAGCGUCCCGGAAGGUGCCAGACCUUGGCGUAUCAAUCAGAGCCAAGACUGACCAAGGGGGGUUGCAAGGAGUGGACCUCGCUAGAACGCUCAAAGAAAAAUAUGGAAAAGUAGGCAAGCCAACAGAACUGAUAUACAUGCCCAAAGAUUCUAAGACCAAUGUCAGCUACUUCCAGAAAUCAAUUUCUCAAUUACUGUCCAAAUUGCGGCAUGCAGAUCCCUUUUUCGUUCGUUGUAUUAAACCAAAUCGACACAUGGCUCCCGAACAACUGGACGAAAAACUAGUUAGGGGACAACUCAAAUACAAUGGAAUUUCAGCAAUUUGCUUAAUCCGAAAAAAUGGCUACCCUUCAAGGAUCCUGAUAGAAGACUUCAUUAAACGCUACAAGCCACUAUUUUCCUUCAGAGAACCUAACAAUAAGGACAUGGUCAAGACCAUUUUGGAUGGAACCCUCCCUAUUGAAAUUAGAGACAAAUAUCGCAUUGGAAAAAAUAAGGUGUUCAUGAAAGAGAGUGUUAAUUCGCACAUAGAUAGGGUCCACUUCAUCAGACAAAAAUGGGCGGCAUCUGUGAUAUCAGGCGUGUUAACCAAGAACUGUGAAGUUCAAAAGAGAGAAAGAUUGAAGAAAGAACAAAAGGAGAAAGAAAGGAAAAGAAAGUUGGAAGAAGAAAGAAAAUGUCAAAAAGAGGAAGAGGAGAGGAAGAGAGGGACAGAAGACCAGCAAGGAAAAGACAUAGAAAGGACAGCAUGGAGUUCUUUUAAGGCUGCGGGAUUCGAAAACCCAUCUAACGGUUCUGGCAGUAGCUAUAGAAGAACAACCCAUGACAGUGAUAGCGAUGAUACAGACAAACAUGAGAGUGAUGACGAACCUAUUGAGACAAACAGAUUUAAAGAUUUAAAGGGCACCAAAAAAUUUAAAGAAAGAGAGAAAAUAUCGUCCAGCACAGAAUCAUUUUCCGGUUCCGGAUCCUGUUCCUAUGAUCCUUCCCAUCCACCCCCUCGGCGGGGAUCGGUGAAGAAAGAGCAGCCAGGCCCUCCUCCCAGAAGAGAAAGAAAAUUCUGGGACAUAUUCCAAACUAUUGCACGAGAGACGAAAACCCAGGAUGUCCACACCCACACGAGCUUAAGGAUAAUCAAAGUUCUGACAUACAUCACCCUGUUUCUGAUGCUACUGGCAUGUCUGGUUAAUCAAAAAAUCAGCCUUGCAACCCUGAUUACCGGAUUCCAACCUGAUAGAAAUGGCGAUCCUGAUACAGCUGAGAGUGACACAGAGAGUGCAAAAGAAUCCAGUGCUCGGUAUAUGCUGACACUAAUCGCCGUGUGCACGCCUUAUCUUCUCAUCUUUAUCGUCAGUGUCUGGAGAUCACUCUUUGGAAACAUUCGUUUUCCUUCAAUUUUUAGUAUAAUAACGUGUGUAGUUAUCGAGGUUCUUCACUCUAUUGGAUUGUGCUUGCUGGUUUUCCAUCUCCUUCCUGACCUUGGAGCAGUACAAGGGAUAGGUCUAUUGAGUGCUGUGGCCAUUUUUCCGAGUCUUCUCAAACCACUUUUCUCCAACGAUACAGACAAUGAUAAAGAGAUUCACAGGGUCAUACGAAAAAUCUUUUGUUUUGUCUUAGAUUUGUUGGCUUUCUUUGUCCAGGUGUCAGCCAUUCCUGUCCUAAUAGUUCCUUAUACGCAGUAUAUUCAUGGCAAAGAUACCAAUUCUGUCAGUGAUGUUAGACACAUUGAAAUUGUUAAGAUUGCCGGAGCUUUGCUUCUCUGCUCCUUGUCAUGGUGGGAAAAUUUCAUUGACGAUAAAGUUUCUUGGUGCAAAAUGAGUCGGAUUAAGCAAGCGUUUUUUGAGUUGAAAUUUGACUUGCAAGAAGGUAGACCUUUUAUUUCUUUGUUUGUAUCAUUUUUUAAAGUUGGGACAUCAGUACUUUUUGCGUAUCUCCUGAUGAAAGAUCCACUUACAUUUGAUUUUAAAGAAAAUUUUAAAGUGGUUGGAAAUUAUAAGGACAUAAAGUUGUAUUGGGAUAUUUUAGCUUUGGUGUUGUCUGGUUACGUUGGGUAUUAUUUGGCUUACACUGUCUGCAAGCUUCAAAUGCAAAGGUUGUCUUUCUCAAUUCCUUGCAUUUUGUCAACCCCUAUAGCCAUAAUUGUAUUGAUUUUCGAAUGUGACUUUGGCUUAGACUUUGUUUCGACUGUUUCAAAAAACAGCUUGACGACAAGUUGUGACUACAAAAUCGAUUUGCCAUGGUUUCAUAUCCUACUUGCUGCUCUUUGGCUGCUUUCUUUUUAUUGGGUUGCUCGACAUAUAUGGUUUCCGAAACAAGAAAGACUUGCAAAAGUCGAAAGGUUAUUUGUGAAUCCUCUGUAUUGUGGAAUUCUUCUGGAGCAACACCUGGUGUUGAAUAGGAGGAGACACAACCGUCGUGUCAUCUUUAACCAACAAAAGAAAACUUUUGAGUUGACAAAGAAUGAUCAGAAGUCCGGUUCUACUGCAAAGACGGAUGAGAUGGCCAAGGAAAUACCGCCGAUGAUAUAUGCUUGUGCUACAAUGUGGCAUGAAAACAGAGUAGAAAUUGUGCAGCUUCUAAAAUCUUUGUUCAGGAUGGAUAAAGACCAAUUUUUGAGAAAGACGGCUUACGAAAUGGCCGGGUGUAAAAAUAUGCAAGAAAUAGAGUACUAUGAGUUUGAAGCUCACAUACUGUUUGAUGAUGCGUUUGAGCUGAAUGAUGAUGAAAAAAUGGUUCCAAACAGUUUUGUUAAACUAUUUGCAUCUCUAAUGAAUGAGGCAGCCAGCGCUGUUCAUUCUGAGCGUAUAGAGUUGCCUCCACCCUUUAUCAUUCCUUCGAAUUAUGGAGGACAGGUGAUUUUCACAAUGCCCGGGGGGAAUUUUAUCUACACACAUCUCAAAGACAAAGAAAAAAUAAGGCACAGGAAAAGAUGGUCCCAGGUGAUGUACAUGUAUUACUUGCUUGGAUACCGAAUUGUAAAAGAAUGUGAAACUUAUUUGUUGGACGAAUUGGAAAGUACGGAUGAAACAAGAAUGCAGACAUGGGAUGAACGCUUAAAAAAAGCUACUGGUAUUACUGGAAAGAGUGUAAUUUUCCAAUCAUUCGACGAAGAAGUCUUAUUUAGGGCUGAAAACACUUUCCUGCUGGCCCUUGAUGGGGACGUGGAUUUUACACCAGGUGCUGUUCGUUUACUGUUGGACAGAAUGAGAAAGAACCCAAGAGUAGGCGCUGCAUGUGGAAGAAUACAUCCCAUUGGAAGUGGUCCAAUGGUGUGGUAUCAGAAGUUUGAGUAUGCCGUCGCUCAUUGGUUGCAAAAAUCUACAGAACAUGUACUUGGCUGUGUGCUAUGCUCUCCAGGAUGUUUUAGUUUGUUCCGUGGUUCAGCUCUUAUGGAUGAUAAUGUAAUGCAUAAGUACACUACUAAACCAACGGAACCUUCCCAUCAUCUGAUGUAUGAUCAAGGCGAGGACCGCUGGUUGUGCACGCUUCUGUUACAACAAGGAUACAGGGUGGACUAUGCUGCAGCAUCGGAUGCUUUCACGUAUGCUCCAGAAGGCUUUGACGAGUACUUCAAUCAGCGCAGGAGAUGGACCCCUUCGACUAUAGCUAAUAUUUUGGAUCUUCUGCAGGACGGCAGGAACACAGUAGCCUCAAACAAUAACAUCAGUUGGUUGUACAUCGUUUAUCAAGCUGCUUUAAUGGUUUCCACCAUCAUUGGCCCAGCAACCGUGUUAAUGAUGAUUGCUGGGGCCCUGCUUACUGUCUUCAGCAUAGACCUGAUCACCUCCUACAUUAUAUCUCUAAUUCCAGCAAUUCUUUUCUUCAUCAUUUGCUUUGUCUUCAAUACCAAGAUUCAAUUAAUCGUGGCUCAAAUCCUUAGUGGGAUUUAUGUUUUCAUUAUGAUGGUGGUUUUUGUUGGAGCUCUUAUUACUGCGGUCACCGUCACGCCCUAUCAUCCCAGUGUGAUCUUCUUAUCUGGGCUAGUUUUGAUUUUUCUGAUAGCGGCAGCAUUCCAUCCUAGAGAAUUCCAUAACUUGAUUUUUGGAGUUCUUUACUUUCUUUGGGUGCCAUCUGGGUUUCUUGUGUUGAUUAUAUAUUCAUUGUGUAACCUUCAUGUUGUAUCCUGGGGAACACGUGAAGUUCCAAAGAAAAAAACCAAAGCUGAACUUGAACAAGAAGAAAAAGAGAAGAAAGCUAAAGAGGAACAAAAGAAGAAGGAAUCUUUUUGGAAUAAGUUUUUUCCUUUUUUCAACCUGGUUCAAGACUUAAAACACACAAUUACUGAAAAAAUGACGUCAGAUAAAGGGCAUGAUAAACUUACAGAAGUGUUGAUUAAAAUGAACGAAAACUUAGAAAAAAUCAGCAAAAACAGAGACAGUGUGGUUGAAUUGGAAGAUGUAGUGGUGGAUGAAAACAAAUCAAAGAAGGAAAAGAAAACAGUCCGGUUUUCAAACAAAAAUGAAGAAAAAGAACUAGAUGAGUUUGAUGAGGAAACAUACGUAAAACAGAAAGCGGACAAAAAUAUAAUGAAUGACCUAGUUAACCCUGCUUGGGUGAAAGAGGAAAUGUUUAGUGGUGGUGAACUGAUGCAAAUGAUUCCGGAAGAGAGAGACUUUUGGGAAGGAUUUGUCAAUACGUAUUUAAAACCCCUUGACAAGAAUAAAGAAAAGGAAAAGAAAGACACAGAAAAAUUGAUGGAGCUAAGAAAUAAUGUGUGCGGAGGAAUGGCCCUCGUCAAUAUGUUGUGGGUUGCAAUCAACUUCAUGUUCCAAUAUAAGAAACCGACCGUCAUUGAUAUUCCACUGUCUUAUGGAAAAGAAAAGGAGGAGUUGGAUACACAACAAGCUGAAAAUGUCCUUAAAGUUGACGUCGUUGGACUGAUGUUUAUAAUUUUUUUCCUGUUCAUUCUCCUCAUUCAAUUUUUUGGAAUGGUUGUUCAUCGAUGGGGGACAUUUAUGCAUCUCAUAGCUAUCACUGAAAUUCCAAGUCCCUUUGGAAAGACUGUAGCUGAUGUAGAAAUGUCUGGGGAUUCGUUCAAGAAGGGGAAAGGAAAAAUUGCUGUGGAGUUUUGCGAAAAAUUGAUGGCUGAACCAAUGCCCGAUUAUCCAAGUGAUGAAUCUAUUGAUGAAGACAGAAAAGAAAUAGAACGACAUUUAGCCCGUGCUCAAAUCAAAAACAAUGCAGAGACAGGAACAAAGGACAGAGCUGGUCAACUUAACAUCGGAGCAUCAUUACGAAAUACAAUAGGGAGGGAAAGUACGAGGGAAUCUUUCUCUGACCGACGUCGGCGGUCAACUCAUCAAAUGUCAUUUGAUAAUGCAGAUAUCCUGAACAAAUCUGUAAAAUAUCUUGAAGAAGCAAAAUUACCUAAAGAAGAUGAAACAACUGGUGUAAGGUAUAGGAAAAAGGGCAGAGGUAAAAUGUUACUAGAAAAUGAGAGUUCAGGUGUUCGAAAAAUUGGUUCUACAGCUCCGGCACAGAGAGAUUUCAUCGAAAGGGUACGGAAAAAUAGAGGUCUUGCAGAGAAAUUUAAUUUAAAUACCUAUCAAAGAAAUUUAGAAGCGCACAGUUUUGGCCAGUCAUUCAGUAGUGGUGAAAAUGUAAACAUGGAGGAAGAUGACAUUUAUGAUGAGCUACCCGCUACAGGGACUUUAGAUCGAAUGUGGGCCAAGAAAUGGCGCUAUUUCAAUCAGUCUUUAUCUGCUACUGAACAGAAUAGAAGAAACAGAACUAAUCAGUUUUUGAACUAAUCGGAUGCAGUCCAUGUCAAAAAAAAAAAAACAAAAAAAAAACAAAACAAAAAAAAAAAAACAAACAAAAAAAACAAAAAACAAAGAAACCCAAGAAACAUUUGCAUUUUAGUCAAAGAAGAUGUGG